UCUCAUGCAUUAGUAAUCUUGUGUAUUAGUCAUUUUAUUUUUGCUAUUUCAAUUUUUUUUUUGCAGUGUUCAUCCGUGGCUGUGUCACAUGACCCGUUAAUCUUCAGUGUAUUUCCGCGUUCACGGCGGCCGAGCUGUAAUGACCGAGUCUUCAUGGGGGUGUGCGGGGUUUUAACUAAAGCAUCGCUGCUGCUUUCAACACCCAGGUCUCCGGUGGCGGCUCCUGUCCCCGCUCUGGAUGAAUGAAACCCGGACAAUCUGAGGGUCUUUCCUCCGCUUCUUCUCCACCGAGCCUGUCGUCGACCAGCGCGGCCGAGCUGGGGGGGAAUCCGGGCAAAGGCAGCCGCGGCUCCGCGCACCGGCCGACGGACAACCCGCCGCGACGCGCCACCAACAUGCUCACCCGGGUCAAGUCCGCCGUGGCCGGAUUCAUGGGCGGGAUCGUGGCCGGGGGCAGCUCCGGCGGAGGCGGCAACCCCGGCUCCGAGCUCCCGUUGAAAUUCCAGUACAAGAGACCCGAGUUCCUCGGCCUGUCCCCGGAUGAGGUCGAGUGCUCGGCGGACCACAUCUCCCGGCCCAUCCUCAUCCUGAAGGAAACCAGGAGAUUACCGUGGGCCACCGGAUACGCUGAGGUGAUUAAUGCUGGUAAGAGUGCGUUAAAUGAGGACCAGGCGUGCUGCACAGUGGUAGUGGCCAGAAGGAGGCCAAUGAGCUACUGCCCUCCUUCAACGCCCAGCAAGACGCCCACUGCCAAGAGACGCAACUCCCUGCCCAACGGAGAGGGCCUUGGGCUCCAUGUGGAGCACAAGCUGGAGGAAGAAGCUGAAGGUUUGGUGUUCCACUACUGGGCCUUGUUUGAUGGUCACGCUGGUUCAGGUGCAGCCGUCGUCGCCUCCCGUCUGCUGCAGCACCACAUCGCCUGCCAGCUCCAGGCCGUUAUCGAGGUCUUACGUAAUCAGGCGUCUCCACCUCCCACCUUGCUUGGGGAAGAGCCCGAUAGCAACCCCUACCUCCAGGGAAACACCCCCGGCCCUCACCGAUCCCUGACCCGGGCCGCUUCACUGCGUGGGGCCGCGGGGGCGCCUGCUUCUCCGUCCAACACCCCGCCACCGCCUCGCUUCUUCACAGAGAAGAAGAUCCAGCACGAGAGCCUGGUGAUAGGAGCCAUAGAGAACGCCUUCAAAGAGAUGGAUGCCCAGAUCGAGAGGGAGAAACAGGAUUACAACAUCACAGGAGGAUGCACGGCUCUCACUGUGGUUUACCUGCUAGGAAAACUAUACGUGGGGAAUGCAGGUGACAGUAGGGCUAUCAUUAUAAGAAACAAUGAGAUCGUUCCCCUGUCAACAGAGUUCACACCAGAAUCAGAGCGACAGCGUCUCCAGUUCCUGGGCUUCAUGCAGCCUCACCUGUUAGGAAAUGAGUUCACGCACCUGGAAUUUCCCCGGAGAGUUCAGAGGAAGGAGGUGGGCAAGAGGAUGCUCUACCGAGACUUCACCAUGAACGGGUGGGCUUACAAGACCAUUGAGGAUGAAGACCUCAAGUUCCCACUAAUAUAUGGUGAAGGGAAAAAGGCUCGGGUGUUGGCCACUAUCGGUGUGACCCGUGGGCUCGGUGACCACGACCUCAAAGUUCACGACUCCAACAUCUACAUCAAGCCGUUUCUGUCCUGCUGCCCCGAGGUGAAAGUGUAUAACCUGACCCAGUAUGAGCACGGGGCUGAUGAUGUGCUGGUAAUGGGAACAGACGGGCUCUGGGACGUCCUCUCCAACCAGGAAGUAGCUGAGGCAGUUACGACUUUUCUAGCCAACUGUGACCCUGAUGACCUGCACAGGUACACGAUGGCUGCACAGGACCUGGUGAUGCGAGCCCGUGGCGUGCUGAGGGACAGAGGCUGGAGGAUCACCAACGAGCGCCUGGGCUCCGGAGACGAUAUCUCGGUCUUCAUCAUACCGCUCACAUACGGCAAUCGUCAGCCCUGAGGAGUCCGACAGAGAUGCUGCCAUUCAAGGACCCUGAAGGGCUUAUAGGCUCCUAAACCAACUCAGAACUGAACUGAUAAUCCCCUUUCAGUUUCCGCUGUGCCGUUUGCACUUUUAUUUUCCUCCUUAGACCAAAUUCAGAUGCGACCUGUAGAUUUGUUGGUGCUUGAUUUCUCAGCAAGCCACCAAUUGGGCGGAUCAGAGGAAGUAGUCUACACUACUUUUUCAGGUGAUGUGUUUAGUGUCAGAGGAUUAACUCAUAAUUUGAGAUCAAGGAUUGUAGUGAGUAAAAGCAGUUCCGUAAGAUGGCUGAGGUGACUGUCCCUGAACUUCUGCAGAGAUGUGAAAUAGAAAAUAGGUGAAUCAACUUCUCCUCUUUCUACCCUCUAUUUGACUCCCCUCUUUCCUUAUACUGCACAGUCAAACUUGUUUAUUAUAAAAAGAAUACCUCCUACAGCUCCUGACUGGACGGAGCUGACAGGUCAGGUGCAGUUUCGCCACAGUGUGGCCACGAAGGAUCAUUUUGCUGAAGAACCACUGAACGUGUGAUUGCAGCAGAAGAAGAAAGAAGAUGAAGACUUGAAGGUGUCCAGCUUAUAGUAGCAAGACUGAUGAGGAAUCUGCCUUCUUGAUGGAAUAUAAAAACUCACUAGAGGAUCUGAACCUAUGAUAAUCAGACAGGAGAACGACAUAGUUUGAUCUGGUUGAUGAAGUUUGAUAUGAAAACUGAUCACUCAGAAUGAAAAUGUUCACUGUUCCAAGUCAUUUAAUCUGAUGUUGAUUAAUGUGGAUAGUUACCGAACUCCCAGCAAAUAUCUCAAAUUUAUUUCUAAUUGAACGCAGGGAACAAGAUUUAAUACUAUUAAUACUAACUUUACCAAUUGAGCCUCUAAGCAAGAUAAAAUUCCUAAACAGUGAAAGAUUAAACUUUAGAUUAAAUGAUUUGCCCAGCAGUGUAGUAGCACUUUAGGCCGAUCCACAUUACUCAUCGUAGGAGCCAUGAUACAUGUAAUGAUGAAGAGGCAAAUAUUGAAAAUCAUGAAACGCAAUUGAAAUCAAGCAGAAUCAAAGUUCCACAGAGACAAAGACAGAAUCGUCCUGUUGCUUCAACAUGUUCUGCAUGUUUCAGAAGCUUUAGAGUCAGAUACAGAUCGCGUUUGUCUUUAGAGGAACAGGUUUGGGAGCAAUGACGUUUUGUGUUUGGAUGUAGUGAUUUAUUGUGUGUCAGUGCAUGCAGUGAUAUAUUGUAGGCCUGGGAACAUGAGCGACGGUGCAAUGGUUUACGCUGCAGUUUGUUUUAUAUGGACUGAAUUUACAUUUCUGUACCGUAUCCAAGAGUUAGUGGUAAUGUUAUUUGUUUGUUAAUGUGCCGUAACCAUGCAUAUAUUUAUUAGGUUGUUCGAUCCUUUUGGAAUAUUAGCAUCCCAGACAUUUAGCAUAAUAGCUUGAUGUGAUUUAUUGUAAAGGAAGAUAAUGAAAUGAAACAGAAACCCUAAUGGCCAGACAGGGAACCAAAUAAUGUUUAAUUUUUUAAAAACUUUUUUUCAUCUUGUUAACUGCAUUUCAUUAAGAAAAGCAUCAAGAAUUCAAUUUGUUCAGUUUUGUAACGGUCUUGGCCUCAGAAACUGACGUGCAAAUAUGAGCAUUUGCCCCUUCCCUUUAUUAUUAUUCUGUAUUCAUGGAGGCUGCUGUGCUCAGCCAGACUCACCGAAUAAGAAGCAGGACACGAGGAGUUGUCUGGGGAAGGAGAAACUUACACUGCAGAGGAUCGAUAACAAGUUUUGCCGAAGUUUCUUACAGAACUGAGUUAAAAAAAAAAAAAGAUUGACAGCAUAAACAAACCACAACGGUACGAUUAAGACCUUGACUGAAAAAAUAAUUGCUUAUCUUUUAUGAUUUUUUUUAACUGUAAAAUUGAUGUGUCGAGUUUUGGAGUAGCACUUUAGGCUCGAGUGUAAAGUGGGAAUUCAUUGCUGCCUUCAAAUGGAAAUCUUGAGCUUUUGGUUAUGAUGUGUGAAAUCGUGUGUAUGGUUUGCAGGUCCAUUUCCUAAAUGCUGUGUUCCUAUGAUGUAACCACCACUGUAAGGAAAUGGUGACAUGGAUUCUAAUUAUGAAAAGAUGAGGCCAUUGGGAAUAUGAAAAAUAUCCUUGCUUGUAAACACGACCCCAUUUGAAGGCAGCGUACGUCUCCUUGUAUAAAAACAGGGAGUCCAGGUGAUUGACUGAAUCCAAAGACGUUCAUUUCAAAAAUUGUGCAGUGCUAGGAUGAGGAAGCCAUUGUUAAAGGAGUAGUUUGAAUUUUUGAGAAAUACACUUGUACACCUGUAAGAUUGAUUCUACUUAGGUCUGCGUGGUCGCAUGAAGCCACAGCUGGCAGCUAAUUAUCUUAGCGUAGCAUAGUAUAAAGACUGGACAAACUUUUCCACCAUUUCCAGGCUUAAUGCUAAGCUAAGUCUUCUCCGCUAACUCUCAGCAACAAAGUGCUUGCCCCAAAAUGUCGAACUGUUCUUUUGAGUCUCUUGACAUGUGCCAUUGCAUUGCAUGGGCUAUUUAUCAUCUUUAGCUUUUUUUGCAGUCGACAAUUAUUACAUUACUACAUUCCUCUUACAAGCAGCAGUCCUUUCCAAUUACCUGAAAUUCAUAUGGUGCACUUUUCCUCUUAUACAUUCCAUGAAGAGAAAUAUUUUAAAUAUCAGUUAUGUGCUUCUUGUAGCUUCUGAGUUGCUGAGUUUUCCAACUUGUUUGCUAUAUAACAAUUUAUUCAUUUUUCUUUUUGCUUUAAUUUACUUGUUCAAGUCAAAACUGACCCGCCGCCACAUUAGCUUUGUCUUAACAUGGGCUCCAGGUCGACACAAAUUGAAAUAGCCAGACUGUAACUGAAUGUUUUUGAACUGUACCCGUGUUAAGACAAAGCAUAAAUGGGGGAACCAGACUAUGUGUUGAAUGUUCAUCCUUCUACCCGUCAUUACGCCUUUUUAAUCUUAGAUGAAUGUCAGACAAUGAAGAUAUAAUUUAUUUUUCUCAUCCUACUGUGCCACUCAACUGCUGCACAUCGACUCAGGUUCAACUAUUGUGUAGUUAAACUGGAAAUGCUGUUAAAAGAGUGGUUGAUAAGGAUGACGGGUCCUUUGUGAUGGUUUAUUAUAGUUCCAUUACAUUUGUCCAUAAAUAGUAGUGGAUUAGUGUGUGCUUCAAAAUCAGACAUAAAUUUUACUUUGUCCUUUCUGCCCGACUGUAGAAUUCCCCUUUUUCAAGUUGCUAUGUUGUUAAAGUUUACCCACUGAUUUUUUUUUCUACCUUAGAUUACAUUAUCGUAAAAUGAGAAGAACUUGGAGGUUUUUUUCUGUAGUAAAUGAGAAGUUAAAGCCCAGUGGGGAACCAUUUAAAGUGACCAUUGUGCUAACCUCAACCUUUCUUGUUUGUGAAUGUGAAAUGUACAUUUUGUAUAAGACAAAUAUAACUUAUGAAGUCCAAAUGAAAUAUUUUAAUGUUUCUUUGUGCAACUUUGACUUAUGGGGAGAAAAAUCAUUGUUUAUCUUUAGUGUUUCUUUUCCAGAAGUAAAAAAAAAAGACA